CACCCAUUUUACGAUAUGUUUUAAUCCGUAGAGAACACUUAAAGUUAUGAAAUUUAGGAAAAAAAUACUGUUGAAAAUUUCGUUUGUAAUAUUUUUAAUGAUUUUAAUUAACAGUUAUUCAGGAAUUGAAGGAGGACUAGAAAGGAAUAUUACAUCAAAUAUACAAAAUAUCAAAAACCAAUUUGGUAAAAGAUUAAAAAUACAGAGGAAAUUAUUAAUCAGAAGCAAGGAGGUCAUAACAUACAACGGACGAAAUAUUUCAACGGAUUUUGAACUUUUUUAUAUGAACGUAUCAACAAUAAAGCUGAUGGACCCUCUAAUAAACAAACAUCGAUAUACUUUGUUACUUAAUACGGGAACGACGUGUACUAAAAAACAUGUAUUUUUGUUAGUUCUUGUUUAUUCAGCAACAUACAAGUUCGACGAACGUCAUGUUAUAAGGAAAACAUUUGGAUCUGUUUCCAAAUUUGACAAUAGACAUAUUGAAUAUGUCUUCGUACUUGGGCAAACCAUGAAUGAUACUCAACAAAAGGAAAUUGAACAGGAAAGUGUCAAAUAUAGAGACAUUAUACAAGGAAAUUUUAUAGACAGCUACAGAAAUUUAACAUAUAAAAGAGUUUUUAGCUUGUUCUGGGUGAAAAGAUUCUGUAACAAUGUGACGUAUAUCAUCAAAAUUGACGAUGAUAUUACUAUUAACAUUCCGGUUCUUAUUCUUUAUCUUAGCAAUAAACAAAACAAAACAAAGGUUUUAGAAUGUUUUCAUCUGAUCAAUGCUAGACCUCGGCGUGGUAAACGUAAUAAAUGGUAUACAUCACCGUCGGACUACCCAUUUUCAACGUUUCCUCCUUAUUGUGCCGGACCUUCUUCAAUAAUGUCCGCUGACGUUAUACAAGAAAUGUUUAUAGCGACAACAAUCAUGCCUUUCUUUUGGCUAGAAGAUGUUUAUGGCGGUGGAUUUUUACCUUGGAUUUCUGGUGUAACAAUAGUCCGACCGAAACUUUAUAUAAAAGCUUUGCGAGCAAGCUUGAAAGACAAGCCUUGCCAUUUAUUUUACAUAAAUAAUUCGAAGAAUACGAAUCAUUCAUACGUUAUGUGGGAAAAUAUACAAAAAACUUCUACAAAUGUCAGUCAGUGUUGAUAGUUGAUCUACGGUUAAAUUUUUUUUGGGGGGAAAAGUCGAAAGGAAAUUUUAACCGAUAAAACAAUUUAAAUAUUUGAAUUUAUAUUUCUAUCUUAAUGUCAAUUGUUUCUUUCUUCCAUUUUUAGUCACUAAUCUGAUCUAAAUACUUCCACAAGAAUAAUUAAAAAAAUAUUAUAAUAGUUAUGGCUGCUGCCAAGAAUGUUUUUAACCAUUAAUCUGUUUUUUUUGUUUAUUUCAAACAAAUAAAUCAUAAACGGGACAUACAUACAAUAUAAAACAUGUUAUAUGAUAUAAACUAUAAUAAUUAUAAAUUCAUUUAAGUUUGAAAUAUAAGACAUUUUCUAAAGAACCGAUGAUGAGAAAAAGGUUUAAAAUGAUUAUAGAUAAAAGAAAAAUAGAAAAACAGUAAAAAAGGAAGGAGGAAUUAUUAAUUUACAUCUAUCUAUAAUUUUAGAUUAAAAUAUAUAUUUGACUUAAACAGACAUUUUCUAUGUUAGUCAGUAAGUAUUCAAGUUUAAUUAUCUUAAACUAUCAUUUUGUCCAGGUGAAUUAAGUCCAUUUUUUAACAAUUAGAAAAAUUAGAAAAAAAGGUAAAAUACAAGGCAAAGUAAACAAUAAACUCAUUAUAGAUACCAGGCUUAAACUGAGAAAUAGCAACAUAUCAUCAACUCAAAUAGUUCUAUUUGUAUUUACUUAUUGAAGUUCCAAUAACCAUGGUAUCAGUAUUUUUUUAAAGAGUUAAUUGAUCAGUAACGUGUUUUCAUGAGAAUCAGAUAAAAGUAUGGUAUUAUUCCUUCCGACAAAGUGAUUGACAUUUGUAAAAGAUCUGAAUAAAUCUGGUUAAAAAAAAAGUUACAGUUGAUACAUGGAUAUCAUAGAUCAAACAACCAUACCUAUGGGAAAAAACGCUUACAGACAACACCAUAAUCAAAAGAAGGAGGGGAGGUUGUUAAAUGCCUUCAUAUUCGCCUAAUAUGCAAAACACAUGUUAGAAAGGAACACAAUCAUAUCAAUGUCUUUACUUAUUAAUAAAACUCAUUUACGCCUGAACGGAUUUAAUGUUUUCAUUCAAGCAACAACAUGCGCCAAGUGCAAUUGAUCUUUAUUGAAUGAUAUUCCGAUAAAACAAUCCUUACUGUAGAUAUUUAACCAAUGCUGCCGUCGUCACCGCUGGAAUAAUUAUCUAUGCAUAUAUAUUGGCAAAUUCAUUGAAACGGCUUCCUUAGAUUAAACCACAACAAACUAUGUUUUACCGUACAGUUAUAAAAUCUUCUGAUCCGACAUCAUUUCAAUACAUAUACGCUGCAUUGUGUACGUUCGUGUUUUUCUCAGACAGUUUAUGACGUGUUUACACUAAAUACUUUUGAUAUGAACAGAUUGGUGUUUUAUACUCAGAAAACAUGAUGUAAUUCAUAUAAGUUAAACUGGCCUUAAGUUACGAAUUAGAAUAACAAACCUCAUAAAAAACUUGACAAAGAUACCAGGCUGAUAAAUGACUAAGGAUUCAUCCGAUGAGAAAGAAUCAAAACUAUUGGAAGGCUAGAUCAAAUACGCGUGAAAAGCAAACAAUUAGCUAUGCAUAGUCUUAUCAUAUUCUUGGACAUUUAUUUUUACAUUAAAUCCUGUAAAAAGCGCUCAGUGACGGCUUAAAAGAAUUAAUUUAUUUCGAAACGUUCUGAUGCAUAAAACCUUCUCUGAAUUAGUUGUUCAUAGUUUGAUCUUAUGAUAUGCUAUAUCAAGGUAAUAGUAUAAUAUAUAUGUCUCUUCAAUAAUCAUAAUUCGAUAAAGUAAUGACAAAUCUGAGUAACAAACUAAACCCGAGGGAACCACGUCAACUAUCAGAGAUA